CGGAACCAAGAAUGAUUUCUAAGGGCAGCUCCGCAGCCCGCUCGCCUCAUCGGCUGGGGCCGCCAGAUCUGGAAGUUUCGGUUUCCGUUCGCGCGACUGCACCUGCACAGACACCGGCAACUCCUAACCAGAGCAACACCUGCGUUUGUUUGGCAGGAACGAGCUUUGCACUGGGCGGGACUCAGGGCCCACCGCGUGCGGCGCAGCGCGGGCGAUUUAAACCCCAGGCAGCCGGCGCCUGGAGCCCUACCGGAAGCUCCUUGGCGCUGCCCCCGGUCUCUUGGCUUCUCUCAUUGGACACGGCUGCGUUCGGCCGGCCAAUGGCGAGGCGGCGCUCAGCUUCCCGGAAGUGGUGGCGCGGUAGGGGCAGGCCUGGGCUUCCUCUGCGGGUGUGGGGUCCGCGGCGUUGGUAUCGGUGGCACUAUGAGUUCCUUCGAGGGACAGAUGGCCGAGUAUCCAACCAUCUCCAUAGACCGCUUCGACAGGGAGAACCUGAGGGCCCGCGCCUACUUCCUGUCCCACUGCCACAAGGAUCACAUGAAGGGAUUAAGAGCCCCUGCCUUGAAAAGAAGGCUGGAGUGCAGCUUGAAGGUUUGCCUAUACUGUUCACCUGUGACUAAGGAGUUGCUGUUAACUAGCCCGAAAUACAGAUUUUGGGAGAAACGAAUUAUGUCUAUUGAAAUCGAAACUCCUACCCAGAUAUCUUUAGUGGAUGAAGCAUCAGGAGAGAAGGAAGAGAUUGUCGUGACUCUUUUACCAGCUGGUCACUGCCCGGGAUCAGUUAUGUUUUUAUUUCAGGGCAAUAAUGGAACUGUCUUGUACACAGGAGACUUCAGAUUGGCAAAAGGAGAAGCUGCUAGAAUGGAGCUUCUGCACUCCGGGGGCAGAGUCAAAGAUAUCCAAAGUGUUUAUUUAGAUACUACUUUCUUUGAUCCAAGAUUUUUCCAAAUUCCAAGUCGGGAGGAGUGUUUAAGUGGAAUCUUAGAGCUGGUUGGAAGCUGGAUCACUCGGAGCCCGUACCAUGUUGUGUGGCUGAACUGCAAAGCAGCUUAUGGCUAUGAAUAUUUAUUCACCAACCUUAGUGAAGAAUUUGGAGUCCAGGUUCAUGUGGAUAAGCUAGACAUGUUUAGGAACAUGCCUGACAUCCUUCAUCAUCUCACAACGGACCGCAGCACUCAGAUCCACGCAUGCCGCCAUCCCAACGCAGAGGAAUAUUUUCAGUGGAACAAAUUACCCUGUGGAAUUACUUCCAAAAAUAGAAUUCCGCUCCACACAAUUAGCAUUAAGCCAUCUACCAUGUGGUUUGGAGAAAGAACCAGAAAAACAAAUGUAAUUGUGAGGACUGGAGAGAGUUCCUACAGAGCUUGUUUUUCUUUUCACUCCUCCUACAGUGAGAUUAAAGAUUUCUUGAGCUACAUCUGCCCUGUGAAUGCUUAUCCAAAUGUCAUUCCAGUUGGCACAACUAUGGAUAAAGUUGUCGAAAUCUUAAAGCCUUUAUGCCGGUCUUCCCAAAGUAUGGAGCCACAGUAUAAACCACUGGGAAAACUGAAGAGAGCUAGAACAGUCCACCGAGACUCAGAGGAGGAAGAUGAUGAUCUCUUUGAUUAUCCUCUGCCAAUACCUUUAAGACACAAGGUUUCAUACCAGAAAAACUUUCACCCUGAAGCAUUUUCAAUGACUGCAGCAUCAGAAAACCAGCCUGAAAAACAGAGACAAAGCCCAGGAUGCUGCAGAGCAGAGAGCAUGCAGAGCUCUCGUUUCACAAACUUUGUAGAUUGUGAAGAAUCCAACAGUGAAAGUGAAGAAGAAUUAGAAAUCCCAGCUUCACUGCCAGGAGAUCAGGGCUCUGUACUUCACCAGCAAAAGGCUGAUGGGGAUGUACCCCAGUGGGAAGUAUUCUUUAAAAGAAAUGAUGAAAUCACAGAUGAGAGUUUGGAAAACUUCCCUUCUUCCUUAGAGGCAGGGGGAUCUCAGUCACCAAAGCUUUUCAGUGACUCUGAUGGAGAAUCAACCUACAUCUCCUCCCAGAAUUCUUCCCAGUCAACACACAUAACAGAACAAGGAAGUCAAGGCUGGGACAGCCAGUCUGAUACUGUUUUGCUAUCUUCCCAAGAGAGAAACAGUGGGGCUAUUACUUCCUUGGACAAAGAUGACUACAGACCAACAGUCAAAGAGAAGAUUCCUUCCUCUCUCACGGAUCAAAAUGUAAUUUGCCCAAAGGAUACUUUGGGUCUUUCUCUGUCACUCAGGCUAGAAUGCGGUGGUGCUAUGACUCCCUGCAUCCUUCAACUCCUGGGUUCAAGUGAUCCUCCUGCCUCAGCCUCCUGAAUAGCUGGACCACAGGUGCACACCACCACACCGAACUAAUGUUUUAGUUUUUGUAGAGAUGGAGGUCUCACUAUGUUACCCACUCUGGUCUGGAACUCCUGGGUUCAAGUAAGCUUCCAGCCUUGGCUUCCCAGAGUGCUGGGAUUAACUGUACCCAGAUGAUUUAUGACUUUUUAAGCAGGAUUUGAGACAGUAAGUUGAAACAGUGCAUUACUUUCAUUAUAAUUAGGAUGUUCAAAAAGCUAUAGCUCGCUAAAGGACACAACUGAACGUUAAGGACUAAAUCUGCAACUGUAUAGUCUAAAUAUGAUCCAGGCACAUUUUUCCUGUAACUUAUCUAUAUGCAGUUACAAAUGGAAAAUUGUUAAAAAUACAGGGGAGAAGCUAUGUUAACUCUGGGAAUGGAAAGCUUUGUUUUGUUGAAUAGGUUAUUUUCAUGAAAUUCUGUAAGUCCAAAAUCAUCAUCUAUAGUUCUGCUCUUAAGAACACAGUUUUAUGACAUGCUCAGCUUAAGAAACCCAAAGUGUCUAAAGUACUUUAUGUUAACAACCAAAUUUGGCUGCUGCACUCAUUAGGAAUGCAACUUAAAAUUUUGGUUAACGAAAAGAGUAAUUUGAUUAUGCAAGAUCUUGUAUACUGAAUAGUAAUUUACAAUAAUUUACCACUGCCUUAAAAGUAUAACAAAUUAAAACAGACAUCUAAUUUCAGAAUUCUAGAUAAAUACAGAUAAUUAUAGGUGACCCAAUUCCAACUAAAAAAAACCGGAGUUGACAACUUCAGAUUUGCAGCCAUGCUCUUAUCUUUCUAGUUACAGCUCAACCCACCCUUCAGUUCUAAGCAGUGUGGUGCCAUGGUGAAGACUACUGAUUCUGAGCUUUGCAUCUUGCUUAUUUUAUUACUAUGUGACCUUGGGCAAGGUGCUCAAUUUCUUUCUCUAAAAUAACGGACAUAAUAGUACUAUCUCUCAAAAAAAAAAGUACUACCUGAGUUGUGGAGAGGAUUAGUGAAUUAAUACAUCAAGUGCUCAGAAUAGUAUGCGACACAUGGCAAAUACUUUUUACAUUUAAAUAUAUAUAUAUAUAUAUAUAUAUAUAUAUAUAUGAUUUGCAUAAAAGUAAAUUUGCUAGUAUUUGGUAGUUUUGAGAAUGGUCUUCACAGUUCAAAACUGAGUUACAGAUGCACAAGUCUAAUUUUCUUAUGGAUGCAAUACAGGCUUUUGCAUAUAUUAUACAAUACUCAUAAAUAUACUAUCUUUCAUUUGAUACAAAAUAGAGUUCUGCCAACUACACUUAACCAUAUUUGGUCAAAUUGAUGAAAGAAAUUACAACUUUCGAGUUUUAAAUCUGACUUUCUUCUUAGGACUUUUGGGUAAAAAAGCUGUCAUAUUUUAAAUUUUACAAAUGCUAGCUUUCGUAAGUAGAAAUGUGUAUUUGUUGAAAGAUGACUAUAUCGAAUUGUUAAAACAUGUAUUUUUGUUCAUAUGUUUUUUAUUUCUAAAUAUGCCAGUGAACUCUUCUAAAUCUGAAAAUGAAUUUCUACGUAUCUGCAAAUGAAAAUAUCAAAAUGUACCAAAUCUGUUACAGAGAUAAAAAAGUAAUUUUCUAAAAGUACAAAACUUACAUACCCAUCAUUUGCCACAUGGCAAAUUAACAUACCUCUCCAACAUAUUCCAUGACAAAACUCAUUCUUUUAAUCUUCACAAGGGUCUUUACACCCCA